UACCGCGAGGAUGGCAGUUCAGCAAGGUUCCUCCCGCUUCCUCCUCGUCACCUCAGCGCAUCUACCUGACUCAUGUCCGCGGAAAAGCCUUACUGCCCGCUUUACAGAUGGGAACAUCGAGGCCUGCGGAGAAGGGUCUCAACUAACGACCUACAAACCCCUUAUAUGACUGUCCCCCAGACAAAACCCUCAGCUCGUGUCUAGUUUCCCCAAGACAGUAGGGUCAGGCCUCAGGAGUGGGGUGGAAGCUGACCCACUCUCUAUGCCCCCAGUAUUCCCCCUUUCCGGUGUGGUGCAGCAGUAUGCCUGGGGGAAGACAGGUUCUAACAGUGAAGUGGCUCGGCUGCUGGCCAGCAGUGACCCGCUGGCCCAGAUCUCAGAGGACAAGCCAUAUGCAGAGUUGUGGAUGGGGUGCCAUCCCCGGGGAGAUGCCAAGAUCCUUGACAAUCGCAUCUCACAGAAGACCCUAGGCCAGUGGAUCGCUGAGAACCAGGACUGCUUGGGCUCAAAGGUCAAGGACACCUUUAAUGGCAAGCUGCCCUUCCUCUUCAAAGUGCUCUCGGUUGAAACUGCCCUGUCCAUCCAGGCACACCCUAACAAGGAGCUGGCAGAGAAAUUGCACCUCCAGGCUCCACAGCACUACCCCGAUGCCAACCAUAAGCCAGAGAUAGCCAUUGCCCUCACCUCCUUCCAGGGUUUAUGUGGCUUCCGGCCAGUUGAGGAAAUUGUGACAUUUCUGACAAAGGUGCCCGAGUUCCAGUUUCUUAUUGGAGAUAAUGCAGCAACACAGCUGAAGCAGAGCCUGAGCAGUGACUCCCAGUGUGUGGCCUCUGCUCUGCAGAGCUGUUUCUCCCACCUGAUGAAGAGCGAGAAGAAGGUGGUGAUGGAGCAGCUCAACCUGUUGGUGAAGCGGAUCUCCCAGCAAGUGGCUGCUGGAAACAACAUGGAGGACAUCAAUGGGGAGCUCUUGCUGCAGCUGCAUCAGCAGUAUCCAGGUGAUAUUGGAUGCUUUGCCAUCUACUUCCUGAACCUGCUUACCCUGAAGCCAGGAGAGGCCAUGUUUCUGGAGGCCAAUGUGCCCCAUGCCUACCUGAAAGGAGACUGUGUGGAGUGCAUGGCGUGUUCAGACAAUACUGUUCGUGCUGGCCUGACACCCAAGUUCAUCGAUGUGCCAACUCUGUGUGAAAUGCUCAACUAUACCCCCAGCAAGGACAGGCUCUUUCUUCCAACACAGAGUCAAGAAGACCCCUACCUCUCUAUCUAUAACCCCCCUGUGCCAGACUUCACUGUCAUGAAGAUGGAGGUCCCUGGCUCCAUCACUGAAUACAAGGUCUUGGCAGUGGACUCGGCCAGCAUCCUCCUGAUAGUACAGGGAAGAGUGACAGCCAGCACUCCCACAGCCCAGACACCAAUCCCCCUGCAGCGUGGUGGGGUGCUCUUCAUUGGGGCCAAUGAGAGCGUCUCACUGAAGCUCACUGUGCCCGAUGACCUGCUGAUGUUCCGAGCCUGCUGCCUGCUGUAGAGACCACAGCCUGUCUGGCUCUCCUCUGACAGUUACCCUAAAUCCUAGCCAGCCUCUCAGGCCCAGCUCAAACCCUUCCCUGUUCUGGACUUGGGUGUGCGCUGGAAGAGCUGGGGUAGAGUAGCAAGCUUGAAGGUAGUGCCUCCUGAGCAAGCCUAGGACAAACCAUCAUCUUUCUCUUGGGAGAAGGACCCCGAUGAGAACUAAGAGCAGACACUCCCCUUGUAUUCUCACCAUACCUCAGCCAGGCUCUCCUCAAAGCAGGAGGCAGCAGCUGUUCCAGCCUAUGGCAUUAAGCAGGCUGCUAAAAUCUAGUACUAUUUCAGCAUCACUCACAGCAAAAGGAUAGGCCAUUUCUAAGAACAGGGUUCUGGCCCUGGGACUGCCCAUUUCCUCAAAUGCAAAGGAGGGAAAAGAGUAGGCCUAUGGACUCAUUACUCAUUGCCACCCUCUGACUCUGUCAAAGCAAUUAAAGAUCACUGUGUUGAGGCUGA